AGGAUGGAGAUCUCCUGUGAGGAAGAAAUCUCGCGUAGAGCAACAAAAUGCACUUCAAACACAAUACUCGCCAGUAUGUUUCUGUAAUCAGAUUGAUAACGGAAUGGUUGGCAGGACGGAGCCCAGAUGAAGGUUGGGUACGAAUCCUUUUGCGAGUUGCCAUUUGGUGGCAGCCAGCAACGCAGAGGAUAACCAAAAGAGUCCGAAAAUCUCUAGUUCGUCGUUCGCAGGGGCAACGCUUGCGGCACUUCAAUAUCUCCAUCGUGUUCGUUGCGCGAUUGUGAUUUCUAGGCGAAACAGACAAUCCUUUCAUUCACGAUGAUUCCGCUCUGCUGCUCUUGUCGUCCCCAGAGUCACCUCUUUCAAGUCUUUGCCAAACCUGCCACUACUUCACCUAGAAUCAGCCACCCAAUUUGCAGAAAUGACUCCAGAUCAAGCGCUACUAAGGGUUCUUCUAACGCUGUUGCAGACCGAGUAGAAUUGGGAAGAACUGGCGCAACAAUUAUCCGGAACGCGGUAUGCACAGUGAUGAGUGCGGCGACAUUGAUGUGGAACUUACCGGAAAUGGCCGUGGCAGCCACACCUUAUUCCCAGUCUCAGACUCAAACGGGGCGUCUGCAGAUAGGUCUUCUCAACGGGCGAAUCCGCGCAUGUCCUCUCGACAUCAAUCCCAAUUGCGUCUCCACUUCCUCCAGCAACCAAGCUUACGCGUUUCCUUGGGAAAUCCCUCCUUCAGACUCUGCCACAGCUACAAAGAAAAUUGAAAACGCCAUUUUAGGGACUCAAAAGAACGCACAGAUUGUGAAGGUGGAAAACAUAUCCGACGGGAAACGGUCUGGCAAGUACUUGGUAGCAGAAGUGGAUGGUUUCUUGGGCCGUGACACACUAGAGUUUCUGGUGCGAGACGACAUUGUGACAUAUAGAUCCAUGGCCAACCAGGUGAGGUAUGUGUACCCUUUCACGACGCCCCUGGGUGAUUUUGAUGGUCAACAGAAGCACAUCAAGACCUUGGGAGAUGAACUGGGUUGGUUAUUACCUGAUUUUGAUACCAUCAGGUAGAAUUGUAACCAUGGGAGAUGGUACUCGGAGUCCCUUCACCGAGGAGAUUGUACUCGGAAGUAGUAUAUGACCAAUUUUUAGACGAAUGACAAGUUGAGAGCAACUCUCAUUUCCUCCUUUACGAUGGAAUUGUGAGUUUCAUGUCAGAUUGGUGUUAGUGAGCUUUUCCUUUUCCCGGUUUUUGGAAGUUUUGCUUUAAUUGAUGUUGCGGAGUUGCUACA